AUGCGUAGGUUGGCACUGGCUAUCUCGUGGAUAAGCAUCGCAUACAAUGCAGCCGAAGGAGUUGUGUCAACUGGCGUCGGAGUCGGUGUUGAAUCAAAAUCUCUCACUGUGUUUGGUAUACAAUCAAUUGUUGAAAUCUUAUCCGCUGCGCUCACCAUCUAUCGUUUUCGUCAUGAACUGAAUAAUGAUUUUCCAGCGAAUGUAGUGCUUGAAAGACGAUCUACCCUUGGUAUUGGUAUACUCUUAGUUGUUCUGGCAAUCGGAACAUGGGCUGCUUCAAUCACUGCUCUAGUUCAUCACAUCAAACCAACUUCGUCAACACCAGCUCUCAUAAUUUCCGUUAUCAUGCUCAUUUUUAGUACUCUUUUAUGGCUACCAAAACCAUGGAUUGCUGCCGAACUCAAUAGUUCGGUCAUGCAUGGCGAGGCAUGUUGUUCACUGGCUUGCGUGUAUUCGAAUAUCAUUCUGUUGAGUGGAUUUUUGAUCUUCAAAUUCUGGCCUAAUGGUUGGUUUAUUGAUAGUAGCGUCGCAAUUUUGCUAGGCUUUUCUUUCGGUCACGAUGGAUGGUCCAUGAUUUCUUGGGCUCGAAGUAAAGAUUUCAAUGGUAACAUUCACAAACCACAUUCCCUAUCUUCGACCAAAAAUUAUCCUUGUCCGAACACGAGCAAAUCAUCAACGUAUGGAUCAACAACAACAGAUGAUUCGGCUAUGAAUAACCUUCACCCUUAG